AUCUCCUCAACCAUGCAUCUCCGAUUUCUCCCUGCCUGUUAAUCUCAUUGCUCCCGUAUCUAGGCGAAGACCUUGUCAUUCGAAUCUCUCACAGACCCGUUGUGCGAAUUCGCUUUUGUUGAUGAGGUCACAGGCCCUUUCUCAAUCUUCUGUUUUAAGAGCAGCCCUCAGACCAAGAAUCAAUCGUACCGCUAUAGCAAAGUUUAGCCCGAUCCAUUCAAUUCGCUUGUGCUCCAAGAUGUCUGAUAAGCAAAUCUCGCAGUACCUCGAGCAGUCGCACGACAAGAUCUUCGAGGCCAACAAGAAAUGGGUCGAGGCAAAGAAGUCCGCCGAUCCAGCUUUCUUUGACAAGCUCGCCGCUGGGCAGUCGCCAGAGUAUUUGUAUAUUGGAUGUGCCGACAGUCGAGUGCCUGCCAACGAGAUCAUGGGUCUCGAUGCUGGUGAGGUGUUUGUUCAUAGAAACAUCGCCAACUUGGUUCCUAAUACAGACCUCAACGUCAUGGCCGUCAUCAACUAUGCCGUGCGACACCUUCACGUGAAGCAUAUCAUUGUGUGCGGGCACUACAACUGCGGUGGUGUCAAGGCCGCGAUGACCCCUGCAGACCUGGGAAUCCUCAAUCCAUGGCUGCGAAAUAUCCGUGACGUGUACAGAUUGCACGAGGCCGAGCUUGAUUCCAUUGCGGACGAAAGCGAGAGAUACAACCGACUUAUCGAGUUGAAUGCUAUCGAAGCAGCGCGGAGCGUUAUCAAGACUGCCGCAGUGCAGCAAAGCUAUCAGAAGAACGGCUACCCUAUCGUUCAUGCCUGGUGCUUCGAUCUUCACGAUGGGUUGCUGAAGGACUUGAAACUGGACCAUGCGACGGAGCUGAAGAAAAUCCAGAAAAUCUAUAACCUUGGUCCUGAGGAUACAAGUAACUCAGUCUAAAUGGUUAAUGGACCUUAACAUCCAUUAACUAGUCGAAUGAAAUACUAUCGGGUAAAUGCGCGUCGGUAAAAAUGGAUAGCGUGAAGAAUAAAAUAUUUUGAUCUAGCGAGGUUUCUGAUGGAGUGAAGCUGCUUUGGACACAUAGGGCACAAACAAAUCAUACGUUUCACUAUCUUGCAACCGUGAAUUUUUCUACCAACUAAAUCCCUGCAACUUUUAAUUUUGAGAUCGG